AUGACUACAAAUAAAAAGAAUAGCACGAUGGUAGCUGGUCUCCUAUUUGGUACAUCUGCAUUUGGAAUGGGAAUGCUCUACAUGCCAGCCACGUUCAACCAACUUGGAUACGUCGGAAUGUCAACUAUCAUGGCAUUUAUGUUUCUGCUUACGUAUUUAUCACUCUACUUCAUCAACCUAGCUGACGAAAAGGAGCAAGAAAUAGAAAAGAGCAGUUCCAAAAGAGACUACUCUUUCUUUGCCAAUUUCAACAGACACCUCUCACUAAUGGUCACCAUUGCAUUCAUUCUAUCCAACUUUGCAGUGGUCUACCUCUUUCUAAGACGAGCAACAGACCUAACUGUCGCAUUAAUCAAUAUCAAGGCGAAAAUGGCUACUACAACUUGGGUCCGCCUUGGUGUCCUCACAUUCUACUCGAUUGCUGCUCUCUCCCUCUUCAUGCAGCACGACCUGACCAUUUUGAAGCCGCUCUCCUACGUCGCCCUCUUUGCCUGCUUCUACUACGCUGCUCUGAUGGUUAUGCUUGGAUUCACGUCUAAGAUCCCCCUUUCUGAGUUGAAGCCAUUUCGGUACGAUAAUGGCCUGAAUGCCUUGCUUAAUGCCAUUUUUGCAGCCCACUGCCAAUUCUCGUUUCUGAAUUUCAAGGAUACGCUACGCGUCAAGAACGACAGAAACAGCAAGAAGAUGCUGCUCAUUGCUUGCCUUACGAUCUACCUGUCCUAUGCGACCAUUGGAUUCUUCGGAUACAAGUACAUGGGAUCGAGCAUAGGAAGCGACUACAUUUUGGGACUGGUUGUUAAGAACUUCUCGGAGAAUAAGCUGCUGGAUAACAACAACCUGUUUGGAAGAAAGCUGUUCCAGGGACUCCUCUUCGUCCUAUCGACCCUCUUCAUUGUGAUAUUCUUCACUGGAAUCCCAUUGACCGUAUUCACGUUUGUGCCUGAAAUUGAGAAGUUGGUUAAGAGAGCCAACGUGAAGCCAAAUACGAGAAUAGUGAAACUGAUUAUUGGACUGGCUCUCUACGUAUUUGCGUUGCCUUCAUCCCUGAAUGAGGGACUCUUCCUUGCAUUUGUGAGUGCAUUUUGCACCAACUUCCUGAGUUUCGGAUUCCCAGGCAUCUACGCUGUCCAUUACAGCACUGAUAGACGUAUCAGGGGAAUUGGAUACAGUAUGAUUGGAUUCAGUAGCAUUCUUGCACUGCUACUGGCUGGUGUUGAGAUAAAGAAUGCAGUCUCGAAAUAA